AUGGCGAAAGAAGAUCAGGGACUUGCCAUAGGAAUCGACCUUGGCACAACCUACUCCUGUGCUGCAGUGUGGCGUGAACAUCAUUGUCGAGUGGAUAUCAUUCAUAAUGACCAAGGCCAUAACACCACUCCUUCUUUUGUUGCUUUCACAGACCAUGAAAGGUUGAUUGGUAAUGCUGCUAAAAACCAGGCUGCCACCAAUCCACAAAACACUAUCUUUGAUGCCAAGAGGUUGAUAGGUAGAAAAUACAGUGUUCCUGUUGUUCAGAAAGAUAUGAUGUUAUGGCCAUUCAAGGUUGUUGCUGGUGCUAAUGACAAACCUAUGAUCACCCUUAACUACAAGGGUAAGGAGAAACAAUUUUGUGCUGAGGAAAUUUCAUCCAUGGUCCUGGUGAAGAUGAGAGAGAUUGCAGAGGGCUAUUUGGAAACCAGUGUGAAGAAUGCGGUGGUUACUGUGCCUGCUUAUUUCAAUGACUCUCAGCGUAAGUCUACCAUAGAUGCUGGAACCAUUGCUGGCCUUAACAUCAUACGUAUAAUCAACGAACCAACUGCUGCAGCUAUUGCAUACGGUCUUGACAGAAGGAAUAAUCGUGUUGGAGAGAGAAACAUUUUCAUUUUUGAUCUCGGUGGUGGUACUUUUGAUGUUUCUAUCCUAACGAUUAAGGAUAAGAUCUUUCAAGUUAAGGGAACAGCUGGAAACACUCACCUUGGAGGAGAGGACUUUGAUAACAGAAUGGUGAACUACUUUGUGGAGAAAAUAAAGAAAGAAAAGAAGUUGGACAUUAGUGGAAACCCUAGAGCGUUAAGGAGGUUGAGAAGUGCCUGUGAGAGGGCCAAAAGGACACUAUCACAUGCUGUCAUUGCCACAAUUGAAGUAGAUGGUUUAUCUAAUGGCAUUGACUUUUUUUCUUCAAUCACUCGUGCAAGAUUUGAGGAAAUCAACAUGGAGCUAUUUAACCAGUGUAUGGAGACAGUAGAUAGGUGCCUUGCUGAUGCAAAAAUGGACAAGAGAAGUAUGCAUGAUAUUGUUCUUGUUGGUGGGUCUUCUAGGAUUCCCAAAGUUCAAGAAUUAUUGCAAGAUUUCUUUGAGGGAAAGGAUCUGUGCAAAAGCAUAAACCCUGAUGAAGCUGUAGCCUAUGGUGCUGCUGUGCAGGCUGCUUUGUUGAGUGUAGGUAUUAAGAAUGUUCCAGACGUAGUGUUGCUGGAUGUAAUACCGUUAUCAGUUGGUAUUAAAAUAAAGGGAGAUAUCAUGAGUGUAAUGAUUCCAAGGAAUACUACUAUUCCUGUGAAGAGGACGCAUCAAUAUUUGACAACUGUAGAUAACCAAUCAUCUGUUAAAAUAGAGGUUUACGAGGGUGAGAGAAGAAGAGCCAGUGAUAACAAUUUGUUGGGUUCUUUUAUCCUUUCUGGCUUUCCUCGAGCUCCUAGGGACCAUCCUUUUGAUGUGUGCUUUGCCAUAGAUGAAAAUGGUAUACUAUCUGUCUCUGCUAAGGAAGAAACAACUGGCAUCAGCAAUAAGAUCAUCAUAACCAAUGACGUAGAUCGACUGUCAGCGGAAGAAAUCUAUAAAAUGAUUCAAGAAGCAGAGGAAUACAAAGCUGAAGAUAAGAAAUUCCUUAGGAAGGCCAAAACAAUGAAUAAAAUUGAUGACUAUGCUUACAAGAUAAAGAAAGCUUUGGAAAAAGAGAAUUUCAGUUCAAAAGUUUGCUCAGAAGACAGGGAAAAGAUCAGUUCUGCAAUAACUAAGGCCACAGAGUUACUUGGUGGUGAUCAGCAGGAUGAGGAAGUAGAUGUGUUUAAGGAUCAUCUGAAAGAACUUAUUAACCUCUUUGAACGCUUUGUUGAAAAGUCAGAUUAG